CGGCUUGGCUGCCCUCGGCUCUGAACUUCAAGUAUCCAUCAAAUCAAUCAUUUGAGAGGCGCUCGCUCGGCUGAGUUGCUUGCUCCACUCCUUAAGUUUCUUCACCUUUUCACUGACACCCUUGCUUUCCGGCUCCAUUGUAUCCUUGCUUUUGUCCUAUCUCCUUUGUUUUCCUAGUAGUUUUGACCUCUCAUUUCCACCUACAAUAUUUCGCCGAGUUUACUACUUUCGCCAUGCCUCUCAAUUAUCUCCACAGGAUGAUGGCUGUACCUCGAGCAGCUUCAAACUGCGAGCCCGCUGAUCCAUCCAAUACAGUCACAGAUCGCCUAAACACUCUUCUCAAUUCUUCUGGUUCAGGUUACGUCUUGAGCCUAUGUCCAAGUACACAAUAUUUCAUACAGGCCCCCAUUCUUUUCGCCGCACCAAAUCAAGAAAUCAGCACCUUCGGUCAUCCAACAGAUAAUACCAGAGCUGUCUUAGUAGUUAGCGGCACUGUCACAAAUGCUACUGGCCAGACAACCGCCGUUGAUGGCACUUGCGCUAAUUGCGACGGUGUCAUAUUACGAAAUAUACAGAUAAAUGGCACCCGGGCUGGUGCACCUGGCAUCCCUGGUGGUGCUAAUAUUGAAAUGGGCGGUCCAAACUCCGGCCAGCUCAUCGAAUAUGUCCAUUCUUAUGACCCCAGGAGCUGGUCAUGUCUCCACGUUGCUGAGGGAUCUUUGAAUUGUAACAAUGUUACCGUCCAGAACAACGAUAUCGGACCAGCCGGUUCCGAUCUUUUCCAGCAAUGGGCGGAUGGAAUUAGUGUCGCAUGCUCAAACAGCCUUAUUCGUAACAACAUGAUCAAUAAUCCCACAGAUGGAGGUAUCGUACUCUUUGGCUCUCCCGGGACUCGUGUUGAGAACAACACCAUCUGGGUUGAGAAUAAUACACUGCUCGGAGGAAUCAACAUGGUCGACGUUACGCCCUAUAGUGGUGAUUACAAGGGGGUUGUAGUCACUAACAAUACCAUCAUGGGUGGGUUUGCCACUAGCCCUGACACAGGGUCGGCCACCGAUGGUACAAACAACGAAGAUGUCAUCAUAAAGAUCGGAAUCGCAAUUGGUCCCCGGACUUGGUUCGGGAACGAGUAUCUCAACAACGUCAGCACUGGCGGGACAGUCCUCAACAACCAGUUCACUGGUGCAUUCAGCUACAGCAUUGCCAUCUCCUCUGCAACCAAUUUUACGGUAGAAAAUAAUGUCCUCGUUGGAAACACUUCUUUUAUUGGCGCACGGGGUCCUAACUGCACCACUGGUGACCCAACACCUUCUCCUGCAGCCUUUGUUAUCGAUAUCAACAACACCGCGCAGAGCACGACUCAGUCGAACUUCGUGGAUAACAACAAUGGAGACGCGUUAACCUGUGUUCUUCCCCCUCCUGGUGGAGACUAUUGGCCAUUCGGUGGAAACCCAUCAUCUUCAAGUUCGCCCACUAGUCCCGAACCGUCGAGCAGUCACUCUUCAACCGGUAAAAUAGUUGGUAUCGUAUUAGGCGUCAUCGCUGCUAUCCUCUUUUUGGCCUUCGUUACAUGGUAUACUCGUAGAUGGGCCCUCAGGCGUGCAGAUGAUCGUAGUCACCUCAAAGCUACGCGGCACCCUCAGAAGGGAUACAUUCGAAGCAAGGAACAAUUCUGAGCCUCCCAUACAUAAUUUCAUGCUUCUAUCCACGCUCUCUUCACCUGUUCUCUUGAUUUUAACAUGGUACUCUUUCUUCUGACGAUCGAUAGGUCGCCGGGUGUUUCUGUUCACUUCCUGGAUCAAUCGGGACGAUACUUAACCUUCAUAUUGUAUUACUCAUAGCGUAUAUCACAUGUAUAUCGCCAGUGCCUUUGAGUUCUGGUAGUACAUACCCCUACCCUUGCAUGCUAGUCUUAGAGUUUUACCCAAUUUAUGCUUUGACAAUGUUGUGAAACGCUC